AGAUGGUGCUUUUAGUCAGUUAAAGGUGAGGCAACACCUGUAAUAGCUGGCAAAAUUCAGUUUUUAUAUCAUUUGACAGUUGGUAGCAGAUGGUACGUCUAUUUACAUUGUAUUUUGUUUAUGAUAACUAAAUCAGUUAAAAAUAUUAAUGGAAUAUUAUUUUUUAUGUAAAGCUUAAAUGUCAAUACACUUGCAAAGAUUUGGUGUUCUGGCCGACGACCAGUACAAUGAAAAUACUCACGUGUUCACCUUCGUUUUUGAAAAUCCCUAUAAACUGGUUUCAGGCGAAGUAAAAAGUAUCGAGAGUUCAGAAUGUAGUUACUGUGGACAAAAAUGGUCUAUAGUUGUAAUGAAAAAAGAAGAAUACAUGGGUGUUUAUCUAAAAUGGAAAUAUUCAGAUGCCCCAUCAUUACCAUACGUUAGCGUCAAAUUAAAGUACAUCUUAGGUCUUGUCAAUAGAUCGGACUAUGGUUUAAAUAAGCAUUUUAGUACAACUCAAAAGUUUCGAAUAGGUCAGACAGUCCUAGGAAGAUCGAAAUUUAUAACGUUUAGAGAUCUAUUAGAUAUUGGCAAAGGUUUUCUAGACCAUACAGGAAAACGAUUGGUUAUGGAAUUAACGUUAUCAAAUUGUAGUCUAACGUUUACAAAGAGUAUAGAUAUUAGUAGUUCAGCAAGAACAAAGAAAAAUACAAACGGAUAUUAUUUUGAUACGCCAACAUUUGUUGCAUACGCAAAUAGAUGGUAUCUUAGAAUUUAUCCUACAAAAUUAAACUCUAAUGGUUUACCAGCAUCCUAUCUAUAUCUUGCAACUAAAUCUAAAGGUCUCGUGCUUGAAACAAAAUUUAGACUAUACCUAGAAAGUGAAUCUAGUGAGAUAUUAUUCUAUAGCUACGGUCACGGAGCUAGAUUUGAUGGUUUUGGCAGAACUUUAAAUAAUAUUCUACCAGUUAAUCAAAAAGUGGAAACGAUAUCUGUUGGUAUCGAAAUAUUACAAUUGAAUAUUACCAAAGAUUUACAAUUACCUAUUACAUCUCUAUCUAAACACCAAGAUCCUUCAGUAUCAGCUGAUCCAUUUCAAGACAAUGACGGAAAUUUAUGGAAACUGUUCAUUGAUAAUAAUUAUAAAUACCUUACUUGUCAAUUGGAUAAAGGCGUUCACCACUAUCAACAAAAUAAAACUAAAUUGCUUUGUUGGAAAGCAACGUUACGAUCACAAAUUCAGCAAAAGUUUAAAGACGUUGAAAUGUUAGGCGAUUGUAUUACUGGAUACUUUUCAAAUUUUUUAGACGAUUGCGGUCUUUUAGCUUCUUUUCCAAUAGAAAUUUCAGAAUUAAAAGAUCAAUCAACAGCAUUUACCGAUAAUGGUAACGUUAUUAUUCGUGUUAAUAUGAUUUCGAUUCAAACUUUGCCAGUUGCUAUGAAAUCUUACCCUAAAUUUGAUUAUCAAAGCAAACAAUUAAUUAGAGCAAGGCAAAGUGUAAUGGAGAAAAAUAGACGACUGGAAGAUAUGAAAGAAUUAUCGGCUUCUCAAGUCUCUUUAGGAGAUUUAAAUUCUACAUGCAGCAAAGACGGCUCUGCAGUUGGCUCUUUCAUGGAUCUAUACGACAUGGAUAAUGGUCUACAGCCUAAACCUUUGGAAAAAAAUAUUGACUCAUCCCUUAAUGAUCAACAAGCUGAAAUGACAAGAGUAUUUUGUAAAAAUCUUAUUAAUUAUCAAAUUAUCAACAACAAUGGAGAUGUCAAGACAAUCAACAAAGAAUUUAGUAGAACUAGAAAGGAUAUGGGAAAUUUCAAAGACGACGCGACCGAAAGUGGUUUGGGCAGUGAUCUCUCUUUUCACGAUGAUGUUGUGCCUUCUCAACACGAUUUAACGAGGCAAAGAGACGUUAUAACAGCCGUAAUUCAAUAUCUACAGGAGAAACUACCUAUAAAUAUAACAGAAAUUGUACAAAUGGGAUCAAUUGGAACUGAUUGCGUAACCAAAUCAAGAGCAGAUGUUGAUUUAAUUAUAUUAAGCACAGAUUUGCCAAAAACUGGGCAAGAAAGUUGGAUGAUACCAGUCAUACAGGCGACAAAGGAAUUACUGCACUAUUCUAACCAAAACGUUGACCCUUAUAGACCUUUACCAAAAUGCUCAGAAAUAAAAACUUCAUUAUCAACCGUUCAAUUUACAUGUUCUGGUGUUGAUAUUGAUAUAUUCUACUCAUACGAUUGGGAAAAAGGUUCAACAUAUAGCGAGUUAUAUAAAUGGACUUGUUCCGAAACUGAAAAGUUUCAAAAAUACUGGUUCUCGGUUGCCAGCGUACGUUUACAGAGAAAGUUUAUCAAUGAGCAAAGAAAAGAGGUCAAAGAUGUUAUAAAAAUCCUUAAGCAUUGGAGGAAUUCUAUUCAAUGGCGUAAAACUAAAUACAGGCCUGAUAGUUAUCUUCUGUCACUCCUCGUUAUAAAGUCUUGCGAAGAGACAAAAUCUACUGAUUUGACAAAGGUGGCUACGAAAUUGGGGCAAUAUAUUUUUAAUCCCGAAACUAGCAUAACGUGGAGUAAAUAUUAUCUCCCUGGAAAAUUUGAAGUUGAGUUUGAUCCUCCAUAUCCUUUAAUUCAAGAUCCUGCUAAUCCUGGGAUAAAUGUUGCUGAUUCUUUAUGCUAUUGGGGUCAAUUUAAAGCUGAAAUUAAGGAAUUAUUGCAUUCAUUGAAUGUGCCUUUACAUAAUGUACUUUCUUGAUUUAUUCGAAAAUGACAGUAGUUGAACUUAUAUCGAAAAAAAAUGAUCGAAAAAGUGAUAUUAUGCUUUCAUUUAUAACUAUCAUAUCUAUGAUAUUUUUCGUAAAAAAAAAAACACAAUUGCGCUACACUUCUAUGUCUAAACAGAAAAUUUAGGCUGAAUCGAAAAAAAACCUUGAAAAAAUGAUUGAAUUACCUUCAGAACUUUUCUUGAAAGUGGCAAAACGAAAAUUACCUAAGAGGCUUUUUAAUUAUUCAUUUUUAGAGGGAAAUAGUUUAUUUGACUUUAUUUAUAUGUAUAUCUACUUAUACAUAUAUAUAUAUAUAUAUCUUUUUAUAAUACUGUUACAAACCAGUUGGACAAGUAGCUUGCUAUUUAGUUUCGUAUUGAAUAUUAUUUAUUGGAUGUUUUUAUUGUAAAGUCAUAUUUAUCUAUAUAUAUAUCUUAUUUUUCUCUCUUUUGCGUUAUUAUUUGUUUUUAAGUCUUUUUUCUUGAUGACUGAAACAUGAUUUGUCUUUUUGCUUCCUUCUUCUGUUCUAUUUAUUCGGAAAAAAUUACGUUUGGUG